AUGUCCAACUCCCUCUCUCCGUCCCCACUACAUCAAUCUCCAUCGUUCCAUCUCCAACUCCCUCUCUCAUUCCCCACUACAUCCACCUCCAUCGUUCCAUCUCCACCUCCCUCUGUCCGUCCCCACUACAUCCACCUCCAUCGUUCCAUCUCCACCUCCCUCUAUCCGUCCCCACUACAUCCCCCUCCAUCGUUCCAUCUCCACCUCCCUCUAUCCGUCCCAACUACAUCCAUCUCCACCGUUCCAUCUCCAACUCCAUCUCUCAGUCCCCACUACAUCCACCUCCAUCGUUCCAUCUCCACCUCCCUCUAUCCGUCCCCACUACGUCCAUCUCCACCGUUCCAUCUCCAACUCCCUCUCUCCGUCCCGACUAAAUCCACCUCCAUCGUUCCAUCUCCAACUCCCUCUCUCAUUCCCCACUACAUCCACCUCCAUCGUUCCAUCUCCACCUCCCUCUAUCCGUCCCCACUACGUCCAUCUCCACCGUUCCAUCUCCAACUCCCUCUCUCCGUCCCGACUACUUCCACCUCCAUCGUUCGAUCUCCAACUCUCUCUCUCCGUCCCCACUACAUCCCCCUCCAUCGUUCCAUCUCCACCUCCCUCUAUCCGUCCCCACUACGUCCAUCUCCAACGUUCCAUCUCCAACUCCCUCUCUCCGUCCCGACUACUUCCACCUCCAUCGUUCGAUCUCCAACUCUCUCUCUCCGUCCCCACUACAUCCAGCUCCAUCGUUCCAUCUCCAACUCCCUCUCUCAUUCCCCACUACAUCCACCUCCAUCGUUCCAUCUCCACCUCCCUCUAUCCGUCCCCACUACGUCCAUCUCCACCGUUCCAUCUCCAACUCCCUCUCUCUGUCCCCACUACAUCCACCUCCAUCGUUCCAUCUCCACCUCCCUCUAUCCGUCCCCACUACGUCCAUCUCCAACGUUCCAUCUCCAACUCCCUCUCUCCGUCCCCACUACAUCAAUCUCCAUCGUUCCAUCUCCCACUCCCUCUCUCCGUCCCGAGCACAUCCACUUCCAUCGUUCCAUCUCCAACUCCCUCUCUCCAUCCCAACUACAUCCAUCUCCAUCGUUCCAUGUCCAACUCCCUCUCUCCGUCCCCACUACAUCAAUCUCCAUCGUUCCAUCUCCAACUCCCUCUCUACGUCCCCACUACAUCCAUCUCCAUAGUUCCAUCUCCAACCCCCUCUAUCCGUCCCCACUACAUCCACCUCCACUCCAUCGUUCCAUCUCCAACUCCCUCUCUCAUUCCCCACUACAUCCACCUCCAUCGUUCCAUCUCCACCUCCCUCUAUCCGUCCCCACUACAUCCCCCUCCAUCGUUCCAUCUCCACCUCCCUCUAUCCGUCCCAACUACAUCCAUCUCCACCGUUCCAUCUCCAACUCCAUCUCUCAGUCCCCACUACAUCCACCUCCAUCGUUCCAUCUCCACCUCCCUCUAUCCGUCCCCACUACGUCCAUCUCCAACGUUCCAUCUCCAACUCCCUCUCUCCGUCCCCAAUACAUCCACCUCCAUUGUUCCAUCUCCAACUCCCUCUCUACGUCCCCACUACAUCCAUCUCCAUAG